UAUUCUCUUGCUCUCUCCUCAGCCCUUGUGCAUGCUCACUGGCCGCCAAUCCGCGCGUAACACCUUCUCGAAGGGAUCCCAACCAUAGCUCCCCAAGGGUCCGCCUGCAAGCUCUUUUUGCCCCAGGGUGAUAACCUCGACCCAUCUCGGGUAAGCGACUACCUCUCAUCCUGUCGGUGAUCUGAUCUGGCUUGCAAGGGCCAUACCAGACGCAGAGAAAGUGGCUUGCAGGUAUGCAUACGCGGUACUCUUGACCAUUGUGUCACUCCCGUAAUUACCGUUGUUAACAGCCGACGGGCAUUGAUCACGAUUUUAUUACGCGCAACGACCAUCACCCCCGACUUUGCAUCUUGUCCCACUCUCCCCUCAACCAUCGACACUCGCGAGCAAUAUGCCGCGUUCCGAAAGCCCGCCGCCUCGAAUCUCACCCAACUGGGACGACCAAUCCUGCGACACCGUCCUCGUCAGCAGCGACAAUUGCGCAUUCUUCGUACCCUCCUACCUCUUGAAAGCCCACAGGCGAGCCAGCUGCUGUAGCCUGCCUCGCUGAUGAUACGCAGCGAGGUGUUCAGAGGCAUGUACGAUCUAUCAUGUCCACCCUCCGGACCCGAAUUAACCGGCAGCCCAUCCUCCAUACCCUCUCCUGCCCCGACUCCCUGGCCGAACCCAUCAAGAUCGAACUAGACGACCCCAUCGCAGAACACUCUUCCUCUGUCCUCUUCUUUCUCUCCCUUAUCUCUGGCAAACAGCUCGAAGAUAUUCUCCGCAUGUUCCCUCUCAAGAUGGUCUUGACCUUCCACGCAGUCAUGCUGUUUGUCAAAAAGUGGGACUGCAUGUUGGCCUCCAACAUGAUGGAUAUGUGGUUGAUUGAGCUGGCUCGCUCCAGGCAUUUGCAUAGGGAGAUCAAGCCGCUGGACGUGUUUAUCAUUGCUGCUAAAGCGGACAAGGUGCUUGCUGCCGAGCAUGUCGUCAUGCGGUACAAACGCGCACCGGUGACGAGACCGAUAACACUAUGAGCCAUUAAACUUUGAAGUUUCUGCGUGGGAAGAUAUACCGGUGCCAUAUUUGUUUGCGCUGGAGAAGGCUUGCAAGCUCCAUCCAGCGAGUAUGCCGAAAGAUCGAGCAAAGGCGUUCAAGGAUGAAGUCGAAGGGGCUAGGAAGAACAGGGUGCCGAAAUUCGGCAGUAGAGAUGAAAAUAUCAUGUGGGAAGAGGAUGUGCUUGUAUAAGCUAGACUACAUCGUUGUAUAGUAUCACAAAUUGUAUCAAGAUGUCGUUAA